AAUUCUACACGAGUGGAUUUCAGUUAUUAUUGUGCGCUGGACUCGGACGUUAUAUAAUGUAAAAACGUUUGCUAUUAUAUUAAAAGAUUCCCAAUUUUAUUCCAUUAUAAACCUUUGUCAAUUGUGAAACUUACUUUCUGUGUUCAAAUUCCAUCGAUUAUUUACAUUGCAAACUGACUUCUUUUUCGAAAUGUUAUAAAUGCCAAUAUUGGUAGUGAAAAUAUAUGUUCUAUGUAUAAUAGGGGUUGAAUGAAUAUUUAUGGUCAAAUUGUGUCAUGAUAGUAGAUACACAUCCUAGCUUGUUGUCUCUCAGUUCCGACUUAAAAAUUAGAGUAAAAACAACCACCAUUUUCGCAAUGCCCGAACCCUGGGACAAAUAUAAAUAUCGUAGAAGUCAUAUUAAAUAAACAACUAACUCGAAAGUUAGACGAGAAACGCUCUCUCUCACUAAAAGGCGAGGCCGUAUCUGCAUAUUUUUCGGUGCCGGUUAAUAAAUGGCUAUCGCCGUUAGAAUAGAAUCCAUCGAUUGACUCAACGAGUUGCCUUCGUAGACAUCGAUUGUGCCGCCAUCGUAACAGUUGUCGCUACCGCUAGCGUCGUUGUUGUCAGCGUUGACUUCGCUGUUAGUUUAUGUAUUGUCGCAUUAAACAAAUUCAAAAUUUGCUCCUAAGUUUAUUUAAUGUGUUGGACUCGUCGUGAACGCAACAAUCACUCGCGCUUUCUAAGUCCGACUGCCUGUUGGCUUUCGAGAAAAAUUUUACUCAACUACGAGAGAAGUAAACUGUUUUUUUUUUAAUAAACUUUGUCAAAACGUUAGCAACUCUCUUCGUCUCAAAUCGAUACACGUUAUUUGAAGUGGCCUAAACAUCGUGUGAAUUUAGUGGACUGUGACAACUUGACAAGAUUUAUAAUACUUAAAUAAUUAAGUAUCUAAAUAAAAUGUGUAAAAAUACAUAUAACCACUAAUAAAAGUUGAAGAAAUUUACCUUAAUUAAACGGUUUAAAAAAAGUGCCUAAUGUUUGUGUUUAAUAGUUUUUAAAAAAGUAAAAAAGUAAAAAAGAAAAACAAGAACAAAAUUUAUAAAAGCUCUACUCUAUGUAUUAAAACAUGACAUAUUAAAUUAAUGUUAAAAUAAUACAGAAUAUUAAGAGAAAUUUUAUUUAGUAUAUUUACAUAUAUAAAUAUGUAUGAGCAGAUAUAUGCAGAAAUUCGCACCAAUUACUAAAGCUCAAAAUCUGUUUGGAAAUGAAAGUCUUUGCAUCUGCCUACUUAAAUACAUCUAUAUAUAAGGUUUGAAUUUACUCACACGGUACUUGGAAAUGAAGAUGGAUAAUAUGGGCGGAAAAAGAACUCUUACUUGAUGAAUGUACAUUUGAAUGUGAUAUAACUAAUAAAAAAUAAGAAAUAAUAACAAAAAAGAAGUUUGAAACACGCCAUUCAACGCUUUUAUCUGUGAUUUUGCGCUGUAAUAGUACGCAUUAGUAUAUUAAUAUUUUGGGCUUUUGUCUAAAAACAAAAAUUAACCAUAAGUCAACACAAUGUUUAACCUCAACACACCGUCGUCAUUGCUGGGCAUCGAUUGCUCUGGCCUAAGCACUACACCAAAAACUCCUGAAAUUGUGAACUCUUUGAUCGCAAUGACAAAUCCGAUGGAUAACUAUAGUUUCGCGCCUUUAAAUAAUGAAUCAGCUGCUUCGACUCCUUGUAGCGCUGCUUCAUUGCGAAGCUUCAAUGGUAGCUCGAACGUCCAAAUCAUAUCGCAGGAUAGUAGUCAUUCCAGUUCUUCAACAUCACCGGCAGACUCGCCUAGUGGGACAAAUUCUACUCCAAGUGUUCAACAGACGUGUUCUCAACUCAUUAAAGCUGGACUUAAGCUCUCUAUUCAAAGCAAGCGCAAACUAUCCACUUGUGAUUCAAGCUCUAGCUCCGAUCAGCCAAACUCUAAAUAUUCCCGUCCUGAUGAAGAUGGUGAAGAAUCAACGGAUGAAGAAACUGAAUGCAAAACAUCAUCAAAAGGCCUGACACCAGAGGAUGAGGAUCGACGACGACGACGUCGUGAACGCAAUAAAAUCGCUGCUACAAAAUGUCGCAUGAAGAAACGCGAACGCACACAAAACCUUAUAAAAGAGUCGGAGCAAUUGGAAACUCAAAAUGUCGACUUAAAGACCCAAGUGCGAUCUUUAGAAGUGGAACGUCGGAAAUUGCUUGAUAUGUUGCAAGGACAUAUAAAAACUUGCAUACAUGCAGGUGGACUAAAUUUACCUUCUAAACUAUUGCAUUCGCCCGCUCAUAAGUACCUCACCUCAAUUGAAAUGGACGACAAUAGUACUGCCAAUGGAGACAUCUCCACAGCAAAUGCCACAGUUAAUGGAAUUCAGUCCCAAACGCAACAACAAGUUCAAAUUAAUAACACUUUCAGUAAUCAGUCAAGCCAUGGAGUACAACGCACUUUAAUCCCACCAAUGUCAACCAUAAAAUUUCCACGCAGUGCCGCAGCCGUUGCCGCUGCUGUUAAUCAGCAACUCCAUCAAUUACCAACACAACAGCAGCAUUUGCCAAAUGGAUAUUGCAAACCGUCACCAACGCCACAGGAACUCGGAUAUAUAACUUCUCCGUCACAAGAAAAUAUAUGCUUGCCUGCCAACUUAGCGAAACUUUCGUCACAAACUUCUGCUUCCACCCAAAUUGGAACUGUCUCCAUCGGACCUUCCAUUAACCAGCUCUCUGAUUACAUUCCAAACUGUGAAAAUAGUCUAGGUUUGGUAUUAGCCCAUACUCCCACCUCGGUUCAAAGCAACGACGACGGCAGUGUACUGCUCGGUGACAUUGUCAGCCCACUUUCUGUCUUGUCUACACCUACGACGGCGACAGAGUUCGUAAAAAAUGAGCUAGUCGACUCACAAAGCCCAUACACCACCGCUCAAUCAGCAGAACGUUUCCUUUUCGAGAGUAAUUGUGACAGUUACGUAGACAUUAAACAUGCAGUCAGCUUACAUCAUGGAAGUCUAAGUAAUAAUAACAACAACAAUAAUAGCAUCACAGCUCUACAUCAAAGCAGCAAUAAUAACCUUUUAGAUUUCAAUACCUCACUGAUCGGUGGAAGUAGUGGGAUUGUGCCUUUUCACGAUCAAAUAUCGAUUAAAAAUGACUACUUGCACGAUACCGAUUUGUUGGCACAACUCACCGGAGAUGGUGCUGAAUUUGUGGACCUUGAUUCUAGUGUUGCAGCAACAUUCAUGACAAACAAUGGAUGCUUAGCGUAAAUUCGAUUUACAGUUACACUUUUUUCCAUCGAAGCAUUUAGCAUCCCAGUGAAUAUGGUAAACAUACAAUUGUUAAGAGUUAAGUAAAAGUUAAAGGGUCAAACGAAGGACGCACUGACUAUAAAAAAUACUGUGUCAGAGUCAACCCCUUUUAAUUACUAAAUAUAGUACAGACGCGAUAAUGUACAUAUGUGUUAUUAUGUCACGCUUCUCUAAUCAAACCAUUAUAGAAUUGAAGUAAGUAAAAGGUGGUCUAGGCUUCGUAGGACUGGUACGGUACUUCAAUAUUACAUGCGUAUACACUUCUAAAUGUGUUUUAAGUCUUCCACUAAAUAAUGCUGAAUUUAUUUAUAUGUAUCCUCCUUUUUACAAUUGAUUAUUACCUUCCGAAAUCAAUUUAGUCAUUUCUAUACCAGUUAACUAAAAGAAGUACGGUUACCAUCAAUCUCGAAUAUUGUAAUCUAAUUGACUUGGUGGUUUUAAAAAUUCAAAUGAAAUUAAGGAUUUUUUAGAUGAACGCUUUUGGCGGCUUUACUACCUCAAAAAUUCACAGAAACGGGAUAUUCCGUAAAAAGUCGUUAUAAAUUGCAAAUUGUUAAUUGUGGGCUUUCAUAAAUUGGGUUUAGCAAUAAGAAAUUUUUUAUUUAUUUUUCUAUUGACAUACAUAGCAUUCCAAAACUACAAAACCAGUAGAUAUAAAAUUAAAUUGCUAAACAUUUUAUAAACAUAGAUAUCUGAAGAAUCACAUCCGCAGCAGUAAUUACUAUUUUUAUUAUUAGUAUAUUAUUUUUAAUAAAAACAAUAUUUAUUUUAUUCUUAAUAAAAGGCACAAUUUUAGGUUUGUAAUAUCAAGAUCCGAUAAAAUUAAAGAGAUCUAAGUGAAUAUCCUUAAAAAUCAAAGUCAAACUGCAAUGAAUUACGUAGUAAUUAAUAUAUUAAUGAGAUUAGGUGUGUAGAAAGCCAAUUUUGAUAUUUAUAUAAUUUUUCGAAACGCCCUACAGAAUAGCAUGUGUAAAAUUUUCAAUAUGGUUUUGUAUUUUUAUUUUUUUUUUUUAUAUACGAAGAGUAUGCAGAAUAUCUCUGCUUAGAAGUUCAUAUUUUUAUAUGCUUUCUACACAUUUAUAUAUAGUUGUAUUUAUUGUAUGUAAUUUUUAAUUGUAUAGAUAUUUUUAUUUUGCAAUUUAGUAUUUAAACGGAAAUUUAUGAUAUUAUAUAUAAGUGAUAUAAGUGCGCAUAUGUACGAGGGUCGAUAUGUAUGCAGUAGUUUAAGAAAUUGUAUGCCUUAUGUAAACAUAACUAGUAACAACCAACGUAAUCUACAAUCUGCUUAAACUAAAAUCAGCUAACCUCAUAUUUUAUUUAUAUAUUAAUAUGUAAAACUAAUAUACUAAAUAAUUAAAAAACAAUCAAAAGUUUACAAGCGAAAGUUAAAAAUAUUCGAUGUUCAAUGUUGCCUUAAAUGUUUAUAAAAGCGAAUAUAAUCAAAAAACAAAAUCAAUAAAAUGAAUAAGAAUGAAAAUAGAAUUACAAUUCUGAAAGUGCGCUUAAAAAAAUGUUUCUAUUUUUUCAAUUAUACCCAUACAGAAAUUCAAGUAAAUUUGUUCGUACACAUUAAAGAAAUGUGUUUGCAUCGAAAAUUGUAUUGUAAUAGCAAAGUUCACGAAUUAAAAUGCAGCAAAUCUACGCGCAUAUUUAUAUAUAAAAUUAAGUAUUCAAAAUCUGAAAGUAUAUCUAUUAAUAAAAAUAACGAUUUGAAUACUUUUGCCAAAAAUACCACUUGGGCUUGGGCUGAAUUGAGACAUGAAUGGUAAAAUUUGGCUAAUUUUAAAUAAAAUGUACGCGUAUACAUGUGCCUUCUAUUUCAUGCCUCUAUUUUUUUAGUAAAUAACGAUUAAUAAAUUAUAUAUGUGAUGUGUAAAUCAAACAAACAAAUUUUACUAUCUCCAGAAUUGAGCAUGAAGUUAAAUAUUCGAAUCUACUGUUUUCUUAUAUGCAAUUGAUAUAAAAAUGAAGGUAUAGAUACACAUGUUUAUAAUCAAAAUCAAAAGUAACAAUGAGAAUAAAUAGUAGUGAUACAAAUUAUGACGGUUUGACAAAUUUUUGCAAAUCAAACUUAAUCACCAUGUAUAAGUGCCUAAUAAUAUAUGUAUGUAUGGUAUAAUACAUAAUAUGAAUUUAAAACGAAAAGAAAAUGACAGUCGCAAACGAAACACAAAAUACAAAACAAAUGGCUUUCCAUAUUAAAACAAUUUUUUAAAUAUCCAUGUACAUAUUAAUGUAUCCAAUGUAAUAAUUGAAUGUAAGGCAACAAUGCCAAAGAAAAUAAGCAAAAUAAAAAAAAAAAUACUUUCCUAUUUGCAAAAACGUGUGACAACGCGGUACUAUAUACAUAUAUAGAAGAGUAAAUCGAAAUCAGAAUUCAUACCAAUCUAUUGAACAUUUAUAGAGAGAUACAAGCAUUUGAAUAUUCAUAUUUACAUAUAUUGAGUCUUUGGAGCCGCAAAAAUUAUGUGUAUGUAUAUGUCUAAGAGGCACUCCAAUUAUAAAAAUUAGAUAACACAAGUACCACAAAAAAUCAGAACAAAUGCAAAAUACUUAUACGAUGUUCGAAUCAAAUGUUAAAUCGGCAAUCAAAUAUUACCGGAACAAACCAUUAGGAUUAAAUAUGGUCAUUGAAUCGGUACUUAUUAGUAAGUAAUUGCCAACAACUGCACAUUUUUCUAAUCGAUAAUUAAAUAAAGAACUAUUCGCUUGUUAGUAUAUUUUUGAGUCAGUUAUUUAAAAAUGUUAAACUUGAACCUAUCACCAGUGGAAAAAAGUACAAAAUAGGAAAAUAAUUUUAAUUUAUAAUUUUUGUAAAUUGAAUAACUUAAAGCAAGGUUAUUUACAAAUAAAUGAAGUCAGAAUUUAGCGCUACAAAAGUACCUGCUCGGUAUACAGUACCUUUUGAAUGGCGUAAAACAGCUUGAACAAUCUAAAGAAUUUUCUCAUAAAUACACUUAUAGACUCUUAUGUGCAAUUGUUGGUAGUUUAUAUUUCACUUAUAAAAAAAAACUUAUAAAAUAUGUAAAAAGUUGCAAUAUCGAUUGUUUCAAAGCUUUCCAUGUUUUUAUUUCAAGAAGCAAUUAUGAGUGUCAAAGGGCUUACAAAUAAGAGAAUAUUAAAAUGUUUUUGACGUGUGCAAAAAUGUAUUUAAAUAUAUUUGUAACACGCAUAAUCUCCAAGAUAAUCCAAGCCAAUAUAUAUAUAUAAAUAUAUAUGCCUGUUUGUUUAUAGAAUGAUUCAAUGUAUAUAUUUUAAUUUUUGUUGCUAUUCGUUUUAAGAAUUUAUUCAUGUUAUAUUAUGUUUUUACCAAGGCAUAUCGUACCAAAUAUCGGUAUACUGUUGAUUAUAAAUAACUUAUUAAUACUUAACCAAAACAAGCACACCAGAAACCUCAAAUAAUAAACGCUAGAGGCAAAUCCACUUUUUUAUUUUGUUUUAAUCGUUUCUGUAAUGACUUUUUUUAAGUUUAUAUGUAUGUUCACACAGAAAUAUUGUUACACAUGUUUGUAUAUUUAUCACAAUUGGAAAUCUGAGCAACUACCAAUUGCACUAUAAUUCACUUUUUAAAAAUGCAUUGGUCACUAAGUACUUUUGUUGUUAGAUGUUUGAUCUCACAUUAGUUCGACAAAACAAGACAACAACAAGUCUACCGUAUUUAAAUGAAAAACACUAUAAAAAAAAACUGUUAUUAAAAUGGCACUCAACAAAGUACUUAUGUACUGCAAACAAAUUUGGGGCAGGUGCACAUUCAUGGAAAUUUAAAAUAUAAGAUACUAAAUUAUUACUAAAGGACCAAGUACUAAAAAUAAAAAUAAAUGCAUUGUAACAGUCAAA